ACCACUUCAUAAUUUUUUGUAAAAUGCUAAAUUAUCCGAUUCAGUUUUGGCAAGGUGAAGAGUAGUUUUUGUGCAGUUGAUGAUUGAUGAAAUGCGUAAACUGUGGAAAACACUACCAUAUCCUAAAUCCUCAUCAAUCUCUUUCCUUAGGCAUUUCCAAUUCCAAACGCAUUCAUCUUCAUCUGCACCAAGCGAGGAGCAUGUUUCGCAGCUCAUACUGGAGCAGAAAUCUGCUUCCCAAGCAUUGGAAUGCUUCAGAUCCAUCCCCAACUUCGUCCAUUCUCAAUCCACAUACCGCGCAUUGAUCCACAAGCUAUGCACAUUCCGCCGUUUCGACACUGUCAAGCAACUGCUCGACGAAAUGCCCCAGUCACUUGGCGCACCACCCGGCGACGACAUCUUCAUCACCAUCAUCCGCGGCCUCGGCCGUGCCCGGAUGACCAGAACUGUCAUCAAAGUACUUGACUUGGCGUACAAGUUUCAUGGCAGGCCUUCCCUCAAGAUUUUCAACUCAAUUUUGGAUGUGCUUGUGAAGGAGGACAUUGACAUGGCUAGGGAGUUUUAUAGGAAGAGCAUGAUGGCAAGUGGGGUUGAGGGGGAUGAUUACACUUUUGGUAUCUUAAUGAAAGGGCUGUGUCUCACUAAUAGGAUUGGUGAAGGUUUUAAGCUCUUGCAGCUCAUUAAGGCUAGAGGGGUUACCCCAAACACUGUGGUGUACAACACUUUGCUCCAUGCACUUUGUAGGAAUGGGAAGGUUGGAAGGGCUAGGAGCUUGAUGAGUGAGAUGGAGGAGCCUAAUGAUGUUACCUUUAACAUUUUGAUAUCUGGGUAUUGUAAGGAGGGGAAUUCAGUUCAGCCUCUUGUCCUGCUGGAGAAGAGUUUUAGCAUGGGGUUUGUGCCUGAUGUUGUUACCGUUACCAAGGUGCUGGAGGUUCUGUGUAAUGCUGGCCGUGUCAUGGAGGCAGCUGAGGUUUUAGAAAGAGUUGAGGGCAUGGGAGGUUUGCUAGAUGUUGUGGCUUACAACACCUUGAUAAAGGGGUUUUGUGGAGGGGGGAAGGUGAAGGUUGGGCUUCAUUUCCUGAAGCAGAUGGAGAGGAAAGGCUGUCUACCAAAUGUGGACACCUAUAAUGUACUGAUAUCUGGUUUUUGUGAGUCUGGGAUGUUGGAUUUGGCUCUUGAUCUUUUUAAUGAUAUGAAAACAGAUGGGAUCAAGUGGAACUUUGUUACUUUUGACACAGUAAUUAGAGGUUUGUGUUCAGAAGGAAGAAUUGAAGAUGGGUUUUCCAUUUUGGAGCUAAUGGAGGAAAGCAAAGAAGGCUCUAGAGGGCACAUCAGUCCUUAUAAUAGCAUAAUAUAUGGCCUGUUUAAGCAAGAUCGUUUUGAUGAGGCAACUGAGUUUCUAACAAAGAUGGGAAACUUGUUCCCUAGAGCUGUUGACAGAAGCCUGGUGAUUUUAGAGCACUGCAAGAAGGGGGAUAUUGAGGAUGCAAAGAGGGUAUAUGAUCAGAUGAUUGAUGAAGGUGGAAUUCCAAGUAUUCUAGUUUAUAACUGCCUUGUGCAUGGAUUUUCCCAACAAGGUAGUGUCCGAGAGGCUGUUGAGCUGAUGAACGAAAUGAUUGGUAAUAACUGUUUUCCCAUUUCAUCUACAUUCAAUGCUGUCAUCAGUGGGUUUUGCAGACAAGGAAAAGUUGAAAGUGCCUUGAAGCUGGUGGAAGACAUCACUGCAAGAGGUUGUGUACCCAAUACAGAAACAUACAGUCCUUUGAUUGAAGUCCUGUGUAGGAAGGGGGACCUUCAGAAAGCCAUGCAGGUCUUUAUGGAAAUGGUAGACAAGGGCAUCCUUCCUGACCUCUUUAUUUGGAAUUCACUUCUUCACAGUCUGAAUCAAGAAAGACACUACAAUAAGAAUAUGCUCAACAUAGAUGACAUACUCUAGCACUUAACGUGGAUUAUGCAAACUCUGCCCCACGAUAAAUUUAUUAGCUUCAAACUCUUAAUGCUCCCUCAACUGAUUAUUUUAUACACCAUGUAUUCUUCACUUACGACAAUUUUGUUCAAAUUAGUAGGAUUAUUAUGAGUAACAAAACUCUCCCUUCGAACAUUUAAUAUAGUUGUAUAUCCAAAAAUUAAACUUAAAAUUACUGGUUAAACUAGAAUAAUUCUUUACAAGUUGAUCCAUGUACUCAUCAGUAGUGCCUUAUGUAUUAACAAAGUAUUCAGUUAUGGUUUAUUAAGGGGAAAUUUUUGUAGACUUUCAUCAACGGUUUCUAAAUCCAACACCAUGUAAUUCAUACAAACCUUAUCUCAAUCGUUAUGGGUCUCCAUAUGUCUCCAAACCUUAUUGGAUUAUCUUCUACAGAAUUCAGCGUUUCUAAUUGUAAA